UAAAAAAAUAAAACCAAAUGUAAAACUAUAAGUAUGUUUGUCUAAACUUUACAAUCAUUUCCCAAAUACGCGAAUUGCUUUUUUUUAUAUUUACGUAAUGUUGAAAGUAAAUUAUGCAUAAGCAUUAAGUUUUAUUCAACUUUUAUUUACUGUCCCUUGUCAGUAGCAACUUCUUCCAAUAACGCUUUAUUUUACUUUUAUUAAUGUUGUUUAGGGUUCGCGGAACCGUGAAAGUCAAUAUUGCACAACAUUUACUCAACGCAAAAAGGGUUAUUUUUAAAACUGUAAUCAAAUGAUUUCAGUAGGUGAAGGUUAACUAACCCACUUUUUGAAGAGUGUUACACAUGUCCAUUGUUGUAAAUCAGAUAAAAUAAAACGGUGUUUGACCAAAUGUCACACAUGAGAGCCUUUAUAAUGUGAAAACUAUUUAAAGAAAUCACAAUGCAACAAAAGUAACUGUAAUUAUAACGUUAUUUACUCGAUUUGUUUGCUUACUAGCCCAUUAACUAUGAUUUUUAACGCGGGUGUUGUUUUUACUGCUCUCCUGCUAAUUCUGGAAUAUGGAGAGGUACGUGCAGCACCUGCCAUUGAAAAUAGGGAUACUCACAACAUUUACGAAUGUGAAAAUCCCGCUAAAAGUAAAAUGUUAUUAUUCUCUCAUAUCGUCAACGAGCCAGCUAAAUUCCUUCAAUUUAUUCAAAAGACAGUUUACUAUCCUGAAACAACUUCUACGAAUUCCAAACGGAUCAGCUGCCUUAUAGUAACAGACAUUUCCACAGACGGCUCAAGCGGUUUCCCAUCUGUUGUUGGAGGAGGUGUGGGAAGCUUUUUCGCAGAGCUUUUAAUACGAUCUCAAUUCAACAAGGGACUGUAUUAUAGGGUAGACAUCUAUGGCGACGUCCUCUGAUCGUUCAAACUAAUUACGUUAUCUGACGAUCUGGACACAACGGGAUGACACCUUAACUAAUUUAUUUAUUUAUUUAUUUACUUAAUAUCAAUAAAUUUAUUUUGUAUAUAUUGUAAUAGUCAUUUGAUUGAAAUUAUAUCAUGCGAAGUAGUUCUAAGUAUCUAAACAAAUAAGUGCCAAGGUUUUCAUCAUUCGGCGAGCGUUAUACGCGAUAGCGCUUUAAUUGAAGUAUGCUUAAGUGAUACUAAAAAAAAUUAAUUUUACAGUCAUUAUGAUAAUCGAUAAAAGAAUUCUAGAAAUAGAAAUGGCUCCUACUGUUUACAAAACCAAAGGAAACAAUAUUAUUGCCUUUGUACAUAUAAUUUUAAAAAGGUUUGCUAUCAAAUAUUGUAUAGGUCUACUUCCAUUCCCUCCUUAUUAUAAAGCAAAUUUCGUAUAAAAACAAAAACUCUAAAAUAGAUCAAAAUACAAAAAAUGCAGUCGUUAUAAAAGGAAUUAGUUUUACUCGCAAAAAGUAAAGAUUAAUUUGAGACGAUGUCUCAUCGUGUAACGUAUAAAAAUGUUAAAAACAAGCAAUAUAAAUGUAUUAGUCAAUACACAAAACAAUAAAUUAUUUAUUAAUGAAAGCCAUUGAUAACACAAAACAGACAAUUGUUAUUGUUUCCUCGCGUUCAAAACAAAAUAAAUUUUUAAUUUUCUGGAUUUCCUUGCCUAUUAUAAUUAUGAAUCCCUUAAACGUCUUAAUGCUUUAUGCACUGUUUUCAUUGUUUAGGAGUUAUAUGUAGACCUAAGACAAAAUAUUCACUGUACACUGAAAUUAUACAUUUCUUUGUUGGCA